AUGUCUUCUCUGAUCAACAAGGCCAAGGAGUUUGCCCACUCUGAAAAGGGCCAGAACCUCAAGGACAAGGUCAUGGGCAGCAAGAACAGCGAUAACAGCAACGAGAGCUACGACAAUUCCACCACCACCACGUCCUCCUCGGGCGGUGGAUACGGCAACAACGACAACACCUACUCGUCGUCGUCCAACAACGGCGCUGGCUUCACGUCGGGCGAGCAGGGACGCGACAACUGGUCCGCCUCAACCGGAAACAACACCAGCAACAACAACUACAACUCUUCCUCGGACAACAACCAGUACGGUUCGACGGGAGGUGGACGAGGAGGGGCGACGAGCGAGUUUAGCAGGGAAAACGAGUACAGCUCCUCUUCCAACCGCGCCAAUGCGGCGGGCGGGGACACGCUGCGACGCAACGACGAGUACACGACCGGCGGCGGCGGCGGCCUUUCUUCGUCGUCGGACGACACCUUCCGACGCAACAACGAAGGUAGCGCCGGUACCCACUCCGGUGGGCUGGGCGGCGAGGGCUACUCGGGCCGCAACCAGCGGAACGACGACAUCUUUGGCAGCAGCGCCGGCGUCGGUGGCGGUGGCGGUGGUGCUGGACGCGAUGGGACGGGAUUCUCGAAUGUCGAAGACGGCGCGGCGGGGGCGCGUCAGGGCCGCUCGGGCGUGAGUGGCGCCCAGGGCGGUCAGUACGGUCUGGCCGGCGACAACGAUAGCCGCUACGCCAGCGACAACACCUUCUCGAGCGGCGGCGCCGGUGCUGGCGGUGCAUCGCGCGGUAACGAACCGUACGGAAACGACUCGACGGUCAACGAAGGCGGAUACGGCCGCAACGCAGCGGGCGACUCGUUUUCGCGCGACAACCAGACGGGUUUCGGCAACGACGGCUCGCGCGGCCAGUUCGGCAGCAACGACGUCGACGACCGUAACAAGUUUUCAUCCACCGGCGGCGGCGGCGGCGGCGGCGUUGGCGGAGCGGGCUACGGAAGCGGCAGCUCGAGAAACGACGAGGACGCCUACAUCAACCGUUCCAGCGACCGCUCCACUGGCUUCUAG